AACACCUGAAGUCCUGCAGACAGGUGCGUUUCUCUGCUGACGGACUGCAGCUCUACAGCGUCUCCAGAGAUAAAGCGGUCCACCUGCUGGACGUGGAGCGAGGGCAGCUGGUGACUCGGAUCAGAGGAGCUCACGGAGCCCCGAUCAACAGCCUGCUGCUGGUGGACGAGAACAUCCUGGCUACUGGGGACGAUGGGGGGACUCUGAAGGUGUGGGAUAUGAGGAAGGGGACGGCCAUCAUGGAUCUGAAACAGCACGAGGAUUACAUCAGUGACAUUGCAGUGGACGCGGCCAAGAGGAUCCUCCUCACUACCAGUGGCGACGGCACGAUGGGCGUCUUCAACAUCAAGCGGCGGCGUUUCGAGCUUCUGUCGGAGUAUCAGACCGGAGAUCUGACCUCGGUGGCGUUGAUGAAGCGGGGGAAGAAGGUGAUCUGCGGCUCCAGCGAAGGAACCAUCUACAUCUUCAACUGGAACGGAUUCGGAGCAACGAGCGACCGAUUCACCAUCAAAGCUGAGUCCGUGGAGUGCAUCGCGCCGAUCACCGACAACAUCAUGUGCACCGCCUCCAUGGACGGGUACAUUCGAGCCGUGAACCUCUUUCCCAACCGGGUCAUCGGGUGCAUCGGGCAACAUGUCGGAGAACCCGUCGAGGAAAUCAACAAAUCCUGGGACUCCCGUUUCCUGGUGAGCAGCGCCCACGAUCAGCUGAUCAAGUUCUGGGACAUUUCGGAUUUAAAAAACACCAAGGUCACCGAGUACCGCAAGAGGAAGAAGAAAGACGGACGCAUGAAGUCGCUCACAAAGAAAGCUCACGGAGAUAACGACUUCUUCGCCGGACUCAUGGAGGAACCUGAGAAGAAGGAGGAAGAGGAGGAAGGAGAGGAGGAAGAAGAGGAAGACAGCGAUAGUGGAAGUGAUUAAAAAAACUGGACAAACUGAUGAAUGAACUGAUAUAAGAACACAUGAUCACACACUAAAAUAUGAAGUGUUGGACUGUUAAAAGCUUUUAUAAAUUCCCUGUCAGACUUUAUUUACAUCUCUGAUCAGAUCGUUCCUGAUUUACACCAACGUCUCUUUGUGAAUUUACAAAACUUACAUAUUUUUUGAUAAUAAAAUACUUUUUUCUUUGCUUUUUUUUGGUAUCAGUAUCAAAAAGCAGCUAUUGUAUUAAAAAAACACAAUAAUAACCAGCUCUAUGUUCAUAGGCAUUUUAAGCCUGUCUGCUCGGUUUGAGAAAAAUGUUUUUGUAAUAAAAUUGUAAAUAAUUA